AUGAAAAGACUAUCAAUUAUAAAACAACCAAUAUUAUCAAUAUUAAAUGAUCAUAUUGUAGAUUAUCCAUCACCAAGUAACCUUAAUUAUUUUUGGAGUUUUGGUAGUAUUGCAGGAAUUUGUUUAGUAGUUCAAAUAGCUACUGGGAUUUUUUUAGCAAUGCACUAUACACCACACGUUGACUUGGCAUUUAUGAGCGUAGAACAUAUUAUGAGAGACGUUGAAGGUGGAUGGUUACUUAGAUAUAUGCAUGCAAAUGGAGCAAGUAUGUUUUUCAUUGUAGUAUAUAUCCAUAUGUUUCGUGGUUUAUAUUAUGGAAGCUAUACAAGUCCUCGUGAAUUAUUAUGGAUUGUAGGUGUUGCCAUUUUAUUAUUAAUGAUUAUUACAGCUUUUAUCGGUUAUGUAUUGCCAUGGGGUCAAAUGAGCUUUUGGGGUGCUACUGUAAUUACAAGUUUAGCUAGUGCUAUUCCCGUAGUUGGAAAUUCUAUAGUAACUUGGCUUUGGGGAGGAUUCUCUGUAGAUAAUGCAACUCUAAAUAGAUUCUUUAGUUUACAUUAUUUAUUACCAUUUGUUAUUGCAGGAUUAACAAUUGUACAUCUUGCAGCAUUACACCAAUAUGGAUCAAAUAAUCCUUUAGGUACAAAUUCAGCUGUAGACAAGCUUGGAUUAUAUCCUUAUUUUUACGUAAAAGACUUAGUUGCUUGGGUAGCUUUUGCUUUAUUUUUUUCUGUGUUUGUUUAUUUUUUCCCUAAUUUAUUAGGACAUCCAGAUAAUUAUAUCCCUGCAAAUCCUAUGAGUACUCCUGCACACAUUGUGCCUGAAUGGUAUUUCUUAUGGGUAUAUGCUAUUCUUCGUAGUAUUCCAAACAAAUUAGCUGGUGUUGCAGCCAUUGCUCUAGUAUUUGUUUCUUUAUUUUCAUUACCUUUCUUAAAUACGUCACCUAUACGUAGUAACAAUUUCAGACCAAUACAUAGAAAAUUAUUCUGGUGUAUUUUAGCUGAUUGUUUCUUAUUAAGUUGGAUAGGUCAAAAACCUGUUGAAGAUCCUUAUAUUAUUAUUGGACAACUUGCUUCAGUAUUUUUCUUUUUUUAUUUUUUAGUAGCUGUACCGUUAACAGGAAAAAUUGAACACUAUUUAAUUAAAUAUAAGUCUUAA